AGCCUCCCGCUUUUGUUGCCCCGCCUCCGCGCGCUCCAUUUGCGCCAUUACGUCGUCGCUGCUGCCGCCGCUGCUGUUGUGUCGCUCCGAGGAGCAGCUGCAGGGAGAUCCGAGCGAGCGCACGCACGAAGUCAGAAACGCAAUCUUUUGUGGUUAAAUCGAGACAUUGAUAUACUUUGAAUAUCAUCGGUGUAUUUGAUUUUAUUUCUUAAAAUAUGUUUUCAGUACAGUUUCACGUUUUCAGUCUGACAUGAGUGAUACCGCUGGCCGCGUUUAGCCAAUGCUUACUGCGGGGGUUCCCGUUCCGUGGAUUAUCAUCCGUGGCUGCCGAGGCAGUGGUGGCACGGUAGCGGCCGGAGGAGGCUCCUCUUUCCCGGAUGGAUGCGCGUGAGGCAGCGGCGGACUGCGACCACUCGUGAAGCCCGACCGUCCGUAGUAACGAUGCCCGGGUCUCGUCGGCAGCCGCGGGUGAACUCCUCUUGAAUGUUCGGGCUUCGUCGCCCUACCGACAAAGACCAUUUCCUCACACGGCGAACAUUUUAUUCCUUGAAAACUGGACGCCCCCGGAGCAGUUUAUGACGAUCCUGGUAGGAGCGUGAUGAGCGCACGCUUCCGCUUGCCUGCUGGCAGAUCCUACAAUGUCCGGGCGACGGAGCUGGAGCGAGACAGGCACCACACACAAGUUGUGUGCAACGUACUGCUGCUGGACAACACUGUCCAGGCUUUUAAAGUCAGCAAGUCCGAUCAUGGGCAGGUCUUGCAGGACGUGGUCUUCAAGCACCUGGAGCUGACGGAAAGAGACUACUUUGGCCUGCAUUUGGCAGAUGACUCUUCUGAUGUUCCGCGCUGGCUGGAUCCCAACAAGCCCAUCAGGAAGCAGUUAAAAAGAGGUUCCCCCCACAACCUGAGCUUGAGAGUCAAAUUUUUUGUGACCGAUCCCAGUAAACUUCAGGAGGAGUACACACGGUACCAAUAUUUUCUUCAGAUCAAACAGGACAUAUUAACUGGAAGAUUGCCUUGUCCUCACAACACAGCUGCACUCCUGGCUUCCUAUGCUGUUCAAUCUGAACUGGGGGACUACAAUGAGACUGAGCAUCCUCUGGGCUAUCUGUCUGAGUAUUGCUUCAUCCCCAACCCACCUCAAGAUUUCCAUAAAGAGGUCGCCAAACAUCACCAGCAGCACAGUGGUCUAUCUCCUGCCCAGUCGGAGUUUAAUUAUCUGAACACAGCACGCACGCUAGAGCUCUACGGAGUAGAGCUGCACUAUGCAAAAGAUCAGAGUAAUACAGAGAUACUCAUUGGGGUGAUGUCUGCUGGUGUUGUCAUUUAUAAGAACAGGUUACGGAUCAACUACUUCCCAUGGUUGAAAAUUGUGAAAAUAUCCUUCAAGUGCAAACAGUUCUUCAUCCAGCUGAGAAGAGAGGCGACCGAGACCCGAGAGACCCUACUUGGUUUCAACAUGGUAAACUACCGGGCCUGUAAGAACCUGUGGAAGGCCUGCGUGGAGCACCACACCUUUUUCCGGCUAGAACGACCCGUCCCGCCACAAAAGAACUUCUUCUCCCAUUACUUCACCUUGGGCUCUAAGUUUCGAUACUGUGGGAGAACAGAGGUACAAUCUGUACAGUACGGAAAAGAGAAAGGCAUCAAGGACAGAGUGUUUGCCAGAUCUCCCAGCAAGCCUCUGGCCAGGAAGCUGUUGGGAGGAACUGACUGGGAAACGGUGAGCAGGAACAGUCUAUCAGAUGAAAGACUGGAGACCCAGAGCCUGCCGACCCGCUCGCCACCUGGGACGCCCAAUCAAAAUUCACUGUUUACACAAGAGGGCACGCGGCUACGCCCGUCGUCUGUCGGCCACCUGGUUGAUCAUGUGAUACACACGUCGCCGAGCUUGCCCGUCUUCUCCAAUCACAAGUCAGCCUCUUCCACGCAGGCCAACAGCAUCAGCUUGGACUCCACCCCUUCUCCUGAUGGGAUGGAUGGCCAACCUCCGGCUCUUCCCCCCAAGCAGCUAAGCAGAAAAACCUUGAGCCAGAUUAUCCAGGCCCACUCACAGCAGAGCCUCCUGGACAACCACCUCAACGAGAUGUACGAUGUUCCUACCAACACUGACAAGACCACGCUAAAUGGAGUUGUCCCUCAUGAUAAUCUGGUCUUGAUCAAGAUGAGACCUGAUGAACACGGACGUUUUGGCUUCAACGUUAAGGGUGGAGCUGACCAAAAGAUGCCAAUCAUAGUGUCCAGAGUUGCUCCUGGAACAUCAGCUGACUUGUGCGUGCCCCGUCUGAAUGAAGGCGAUCAGGUUGUCUUAAUUAAUGGGCGGGACAUCUCGGACCACACGCACGAUCAGGUCGUCAUGUUUAUCAAGGCUAGCUGUGAGAGCCACUCCGGAGAGCUCAUCCUGUUGGUCAGGCCAAACGCCAUCUAUGAUGUGGUGGAGGAGAAGGCGGACUCUGAACCAGAUUUUCAGUACAUCCCAGAGAAGUCCCCUCAGGACCCCACCCAGCUAGACCAGCAUGCUUUGAGGGACUCUAUGACUGCCCUGAAGGACGGUCUGAGCAGUGGGGCCAUACUGGCACAGUUUGACCAACUGUACAGGAAGAGGCCAGGGAUGACCAUGCUGUGUGCCAAAUUACCUCAGAACGUUUCCAAAAAUCGCUACAGAGACAUCUCUCCCUAUGAUGCUACGCGGGUCAUUCUGAAAAGCACGGAUGACUACAUCAAUGCAAAUUACAUCAAUAUGGAGAUCCCUGCCUCCAGUCUCAUAAACCGCUACAUAGCUUGCCAGGGCCCUUUGCCCAACACCUGCCCAGACUUCUGGCAAAUGACUUGGGAGCAAGGAUCGUCGAUGGUGGUCAUGCUGACAACUCAAGUGGAACGGGGACGGGUGAAGUGCCACCAGUACUGGCCCAAUCCAGACAACAGCGCUCCCUAUGGAGACUUCACUGUUACGUGCCACAACGAGGAGGGCAAUUCAGCCUUCCUGGUCCGGGAAAUGACGCUUAUGCACUUACAGAGUGAGCAGCAUAGAGAGCUGACCCAGAUCCAGUACCUGGCGUGGCCCGACCACGGUGUCCCUGACGACUCCACCGACUUCUUGGACUUUGUGGCUUUGGUUCGGAGUAAAAGGACCGAGCAGGACCAGCCAAUGGUGGUACACUGCAGCGCUGGGAUCGGUCGGACUGGUGUUCUGAUCACUAUGGAAACAGCGUUGUGUCUCAUGGAGUCCGGCCAGCCAGUCUACCCUCUGGAAAUCGUCCGGACCAUGAGAGACCAGAGAGCCAUGAUGAUCCAGACACCCAGUCAGUAUCGGUUUGUGUGCGAGGCCAUCCUGAAAGUCUACGAGGAGGGCCUGGUCCGUCCGCUGACGCCUGCAGUCUACCAUCUCCGAGAGAAGGCGGACAGCGACCGGGAUGAGGAGGAGAACGUCGAGGAGCGGGAAGACAAGACGGAAGUAGAGGAGGAGGAGGAGGAGGCGGCUGUGGCGGAGCUGCUGGAAGGAGGCCUGGACGACGAGGACGACGACGACGAUGAAGAGGUGGAGGUGCUCGACGUGGGGGAUGUGACGGAGGAUGAGGUGGAGGAACCCAGCGUUGCCAGCGCCACCAGCGAGACCAGCAUGAACCCCUACCCCUAUCCUGACGACCCAUGACACUUUUUCAGGGGAUGCAGGAACAGGAGGAGAGAACAAGCGCACUGUUGCACUUUAUGAUCACAUGAAAAAAAUGGAAAGAACAAACAGACAGCAGACAGGAAACGCGUGGACAGGUUCCGAUUGAAGAAGCAAUCCUGCCCUGUUGAUUAAGUACCAGUACCAGGCCGUUGUGUGUUCAGGGUGCACACAAUUGAUACUGAGUUGCUUUUGUGCCAUAAGUACCAAGGGGAUGGGCUGUCCCAUGGAUGGUAAGCUUCCCGCCUCCCCCCUCCCCUGUUUCCCGUUAUCCUUGCGGGCGACUCUGCCAGACAGACCUGUCUCUAUUAUAAUUUUUUUUUAAAUGUCUUUUUAGCUGAUACAGAGAUAAACCUUUAUAUUUUGUCCCUCCCGAAAGAGUAUUUAUUGUUUUAGUUUGUGUCAAACCCUCUCAACCGAACAAAACGGAGUCGUAUGUUUGCACCAGUCUAGAACGUCAACGCUUUACCGGUUCCACUUUUGAAGUAGUAAAGUAGUCUUGAGUACGCUUAACUGCUUCGUUAAUUCUUCUUUAAUUUAUUGUUUUAAUCUUUCUCGGUUUUCGCGUUUCAGGAUGAUGGGUGGAACGUUUCGAGUAAAUUUUAGCGCGGUCACUUCAGUUCAUUGCUUUGCUUUUUAACUUUUUAUUUUUCCCAGCUGGCAGGUGCGCGGUUUCAUGAAGAACAAUACAGGUUUACAAUUUUCAUAAUGUGUGAAGUGAGCAACCCUCCAUGAAUCGCUAGAAAUUAAUGCAUAUUAAAUGGGUAUUGCACCCCUUUUUUCACUGCUCUUUAAACUUUGUUGACAUAAGCAACCCUCACUGGUUGGCGCAGGAAUUUUUUCACACGUGUAAGGAAAAAAAAUUCCGUACUGUUUGGUCUAAUUUGCUAGUCGAAGUCCGACCUGUGGAGUUCGCCCAAAAUGGCUGCCGGAAAUGCAAAUGUCUGACUUUUCUAUUUUGAGCACGGGUCUUUCAGAUGUUUUUGUGGCCUGUCACGAUAGACGUGCUCCCCCAAAUUUGUGCCGGGGGGGCCUUCACCCUAAAAUACGUAGAUGUUUACGAGGAGACACACACGGCAAGUCCCCCCAUUGCUGCUCCCGUUGGGUGAGUCCAUUCAGAUAUGAAUCGGGGGGGGGAGACACAAACUGAAAAUCCUCAUGUAGUCACUCCCUUGGAUUUUUUUAAUUGGUACCACGCGUGUCACUUUUUUUGAGUUAUAUUUGAGGACAUGAAGUUGUACGCCAUCACUUUCUAGGUACUUGAUUUUAAAAGCUAAGCGACGGGAGUUGAGUAUUCAUCGGCCCGAGUGAUCAAGUCCAACGUGGGCUUUUAAUUUAUUUCACGUCAUGUUUUUAUGUACUUUUGUUAUCAAUAUAUAUGAUUUACCAUUGCUCACCCUCAACUGCGUGGCGUGUAACGUUUCGUCGCGUUCUUUGACAACUGGAUGCAUUUCGUUUGGAAGUUAAACUUUUUUUUUCAGUCCUUCUUGACAGUUGCAUCUCAAUAAGUUAAAAUUUGUGGAAACCGUAAUUUAUUUCAGUAGAAGAUUGGAAAAAUUAAUACUUGUACUUCGCUACACACCGUGUGAAAUAUUCCAUGAUUUUCUUUUUCAAAUUAUAAUGCUUAUAAAUAAGGGACGGCACGGUGGGCUCAGCUGGUAAAGUGUUGGCCUCGCAGUUCUGAGGUCCCGGGUUCCAUCCUGGCUCCGCCUGUGUGGAGUUUGCUUGUUCUCCCCGUGCCUGCGUGGGUUUUCUCCGGGCACUCCGGUUUCCUCCCACAUCCCUAAAACAUGCAACAUUAAUUGGACACUCUAAAUUGCCCCGAGGUGUGAUUGUGAGUGCGACUGUCUCGAUGUGCCCUGCGAUUGGCUGGCAACCGGUUCAGGGUGUACCCUGCCUCCUGCCCGUUGACAGCUGGGAUAGGCUCCUGUGCUUCCCAGGAAAAUGGAUGGAUGGAUAAAUACGGGAUAUGGACCAAGGUCUACUGCAAAUAGUGAAAAUUUGCAAGUAAUUGACACCCCUUCUAAUGCCACAAGAUGGCACCAAAGCACUACUUUUUGCUUAAGUUAUGCUCCACAAAUGCACUUGAACAAAGUUCUUUCACAGUAAGGUGCACCAGAGCACUACUUUUGUUCUAUUAAACCUCCACAACUCACUUCAACAUAAAUUCUUUGACAACAAUAUCUCACAAGUUGGCCCCAAGGCACUACUUUGGUCGAAAUGAAGUUCUGUAACUCACUUCAAUAUAGUUCCUCGGCACAAAGAUGCCAUGAGAUGGCAGCAACUACGUGACUUUUUCAGCGAAUGGCGAUAUGUUUCCCACAAAAAUCAGCAAAUGCUGAGCCGGAAAUAUCCAGGAUUCCGGUGUAUAAUAUUCACCAUCUCAAGAAAAUAGAAUAUUACGCAGGAAACUAUUUCUUUUUUACCAAAGAAAUGACUUUAUAAUUGGCUUUCUGAAAAGUAAUUACCUUUGCAUCCUUAUUUGAAUGAGUCUAUGUCACAUGAAUUUAACUUUUUUUUAAGUAAAUGACCUUUUCCACCACUCUAAGUCAUUGAGAUGAACUUGUAUAACGUUAGAAUUUUUGGAACCGUCUCUGUUCUUAGCCUGCUUGUCUCUUAACUGGAAUGAAACAUGUUUGCCAUCAAAAAAAAAAAAAAAGCUUUUUUAUGUUUAACAUUUUUUUUUGUCUGUUCUGAGCAGCCGGGCCCAAUGUUCAAAGUGUGCUUAUCUCGCCCUUUUGUCCCAAGUCGUUGAUAAUUUGUCACCUAUCAAGAAAGUUUGUUCAUAUCCAGAACUCAUAUGGACAUCUCGUCCCUAAUUCUCAUGUGUGGUCUAUUGGAAAAGUGGAACUUUGUUUUUUUUUUGUUUUUUUUUCUUACCCCCGCUGACAAUACAUCCUGAAGCUUGUUUUUAAAAGAACAACACUAGCAGAGUUGGUCGUUUUUUAAAAAAAAUUAUUUAGUUAAAAAAACGACACUUUUUAACAUCAGCAAGACAAAUAAGAACAAAACCUUUGCCGGGACGCCAUUUUACUAAGAAAAUAAAACCACUUGUCUCAAAAGAUAGCAUGUGUGCACCUGUACAAAACAUCCAGCAAGCAAUUAUAUCAUUGAAAGAAUUUGUAAAGGACCCAUAAUUGGUGCGUUUGGGGUACUGAUUUAUGGUACUGUAGUUUUAGAAGAGCUCCAGAAUGCAAAGGGUCUGCUUUAGCUGUAUUUUCUUUUUUGUAAACCUGUUGUAGAGAGCUGGGAGAACGACGUCACUUUGUAGAAUGCUGAGUGGCAAGUAGUGCUACUGAAAAGAAAAAAAAGAAAAAAAAACGUUCAUUUUUUUGUGUGUUUAGGAUUUAUUUUCGUUUGUUUUUAAAAGUAAGAUGGGGGCAGGGGGGGGGGGCUUCAAACUACACAGUGCCACUUGUUAAUUUUGUGUAAAUAAUGCUAGAUCUUGUAAAUACAAUGCUGUAUAUAUAUAAAAAAAAAAAUCUUUAAAAUAAAAGGGAAAAUCAGUUGUGAGCAGAAGUAUUUUGUUGUUUUCCUCCGGAUGAUUCAAAUGUUACACGACUGAUGUGCAUUUCGAGGCGUCUUGAAUUGACCCGACGCGAUCUAUACC